CACUUUAAAAUCUUUGACUACAUUAAAACCUCCUUCGAAUCAAUUUACAAUGGUUGCCAGUGUAUACUCAUACCAGGACUCUGCGGAAGUCGCAUCGGCACUUGCCAAACACGUUUUGAAAUAUCAGGCUAAAGCCAUUAACGACUCAGGCAAAUUCAGACUUGCUGUGUCCGGCGGGUCUUUGGGCAAAGCCUUGAAAAAAGCAUUAAUCGACAAUAAAGACGUUCUCUCUCAAGUCCAAUGGGACAAAUGGGAAGUGUACUUCAGUGACGAGAGAUUGGUUCCAUUGGACCAUGAGGACUCCAAUGCUGGACUCUUCUUCCUGCUGGUGAUUGACCAAUUGCCAUCCACAGUCACCAAACCCAAGGUGAUCACGAUCGAUGAGUCGUUGUUGACAGGCAAAGACGGCCAAGUCGACGGCUCUGACCACACGCAAGACAAAGCCAUCGCCCAAGACUACGAAGCGAAGUUGCCGUCUAAUAAGAAGAUGGAUUUGGUGUUGUUGGGAUGUGGACCAGAUGGACAUACUUGUUCUUUGUUCCCCGGCCACCCGCUCUUACAGGAGCAGACUCAAUUGAUCGCCUACAUCAAGGAUUCACCCAAACCUCCUCCAAGAAGAAUCACCUUCACGUUCCCGUUAUUACAGAAAGCCUCUGGAUUGGCAUUUGUGGCUGAGGGCGCCGGUAAAGCACCUAUCUUGAAAGAGAUUUUUAACAACCCCAACUCUAAAUUGCCUUCGCAAUUGGUCAAUAACUUGGAUGUCGAGGUUGCAUGGUUUGUCAACAACGACGCCAUCAAUGGUGUUGAUGUGCUUCCUUCUAAAUACUAAGUACAGUUGCAAAUGUAUAAAUAAUGUCUCGAUUUUCAACUGCGAACAUUUAAUCUCACAUCUCCAUCACAACCAGCAUCUUCACCAAAUGGCCGAUUUAGGAGUAAGCUUAUGGCUUUGCCCGCGAGCAAACACGCCUCUUUACGAUAAAUUGACCACACUCAUGAGCUCGCUCAAUACUCUUUUCCCGAACCUGCCCCCCAGAUUCGAUCCCCACAUCACCAUCACCAGCAACUUGGUCAUCGACCGGGCUGCUCCGCACGAUGAUGUGGAUCGAAUUCUCUCGGCCAGUGCCGUGGCCUUCGACUCAUUUGCCAAAGAUCACUCUCAUAUAGUGACUCUCGGGAGAGUCGAUAGCCAAAGGAAGUUCUUCAAAAAGCUUUAUUUCCAAGCAAAAAAAGACCCCAAUUUGCUUUCAUUGACGAGAAUUAUACGUGAGUUAUUUGUCAUACUACCUUCCAAGAUCGAAAAGGAGAACCAGAAGGAAAACCCCCAUUUAUACACUAAUGACAGCCAUGGGAAUCUUGUGAAGCGUAAACCUUCAAAGAAAGACAAGACUCGAAACCCAGCCGAACAGCAUCCGCUCAAGGAAUUGGAUAUAUCUAGACUACGAGAGGAGGCAGCCAUUGAAGCGGCCGAAUGGACAUUGAACGAGUUUGAUCCUCAUCUUUCCCUUGUGUAUAGUGACAUCUACCCUAUUGACAGUGCAUUAUGGAGAACAAUUAAAACUCGGAUCCAGGACUACUUGAACAUUAACGAAUGUGACGCCGAGGACCUAGAAGAUAACGGGUUGUCCUGGGACGGAGGUGUGUUGAAGUUGGUGUUGACAGAAGGUGAUGUGAAUGAUUGGAUAGUGUUGGGAAGUGUUGAAGUUCACUAAUGUAGAUUUAAUAGUGUAUGACAGGUUCUUUGUAUGUAUUUGUGUUUGUAUGUGUAUUUGGACAGGAAAAUUAAUCUUUAUUGUAAUUACAAGUAUAUCUAUGUACAGUUAUUGCAUUUCUGCCUUAAGUUCAAGAUGGGCUACCGGCAUUGCAGCCAAUUCCCCAUCCGUAUACGAGGCUCUGAAAAACGCGUAGUUCAACACUAUGUCAUCCACAGUUCUUAAGUCGGGAUCCUUAGCAAAGUCAGGGUCAAUGAAGAAGAACACCGGCAUGUCCACUUCUUCACCUGCUGCCAAUCUCUGUUCUUCGAAACAAAAGCACUGGAUCUUGUUGAAAUAGCCCGCAGCUUGCUCGGGUGUCACCGAGUACGUGGCCAUUCCGAUCAUGUCUUCUUUUGAAUUGUUUUUGGCUCUGUAAAAUGCCAAUGCCGUUUCGCCUGGCACCACGUACACUUCUCUCUGGAGAGGAGUGAACUUCCAGGGUAAGAUUCCGGAAGAUUGGCAUGUAAAAGAGAUUCGAAUUCUCCUGUUUGUGUCCACUGGAACCACCUUAUCUUUUGUGAAUUUGGAGGCAUCUGUGAUGGGAGUUCCUCCCCAGCCAGUUCGCUUACAAAGAGCUCUGUAGAAAGGAACAGCCAUGAAAGCAAGGGCCAAGAAAACAAUCCCCAACGACGUAGCAUAGUUUGUCGAUGUCUGCAUCCGGUACUUUUGCUGGGCAAUUUUCUCCUUUUGUAAUCGUUCAAAGUUCUCGACGUAUAGGUUACUCUUCUCAUCUUUAGAGAGAUCUUGUAAAACACUAGAUUGGAAAAGGGUCCUAGAAGGUGUCAACACUAAAGGUGCACCACGUAUCAUAAACAAAGGUCCUGGCACAAACCUGGUCAAACUUUGACCCCAUAUAGAUCUUGGGGCAAUAGUUCUUAACAUUAGGACGUGAAGGUAAUGUGCUG